UCCAGGUUAUAUUCAGUAAACGCUUUCCCUGAGGCCAGCUCAGAAGGGAGGGGCAGAAAUAGAGAUGGGAGCAUUAAAGGAUGUAAUGUGUCAGAGUGAGAUGCCCCUCUUUGCUUUUUCUAUUCAAGUCUGAUACAUGGCAGUAGCUUUGACAGUCUGAAGUUGCCUAGCCAGGAUGGCAAUGACGGACUGAGCUGUGCAGAGCUGCUCAGUCCUGGAUUCGGCACAUGCACAGAGGUCUUGUAAGCUUGGAGUGUGCUGUGGAUUUUGAGAGGCAGUUCGCUGGAUGAGGGGCAAAUAUUGCAACAUAGAGGAAUUCAAUGCCCUUGGGAAAGCCUCAUCAUUGGCCAGGUGCGGUACCAAUCAUUCUGUCUCUCUACUUGCACAUUGAACAGGCUUUCUCUCUCUAGAUAUUCCUACACCAAGGCAAUGUGGAAAGCUUAAAAACAGGUCCAGGAACAGACCCCAGAGCAGACUAAAGAAGCGAACUGGACGGGCCACAGUGAGAAUUUGGAGCUUGUGGACUAGCGAUGGACAGCUGGACACUCCAGGGGGACAGCUACUCCUUCCUGCGCAGUGCGCCCCGCACCUUUUCCCUGUGCCAUCGUGACGGCACCCCCAACCACGUUGAAAUCUUUGACAUCAUCAACGUCCCUAAUCAGAGCAGUGCCAUCUCUGAGACCACUUGCCUGUGUGACAUUUUUGGAGACGACUGUGAGUCAUCCUCCCUCUCAAGCAGCCCUGCUGUAGGGGCUUUUGUCCCUUCCCAGAGGGAGGCGGACGGGAUAGCUGCUGCAUCACCCCUGGCGGAUGAUCUAAACGACUCCUCAGGCUCUUACCACACUGCACAGGGCUCCAGUGAAGGAGAGGACGGCUUUGAAGACUCAAGAGAAAGGCUUUGCAGCCCCCUGUCAGACAGCGAGGGACUGAACUCAGGGCACCCAACCUUUUUUGAGGACAGCAGCCCAAAUUUAGAACGAAAAAGCAAAUCACCAGUACCUCAGCUUAGUACAUAUAGCCCACCAUCUAAAGUCCUCAACACUGGUGAGAGGACCCCCUCUCCUGGACAUAAUAGCUCCUAUACCAUCAGUCCAGAGGGAAGAGUAUCACCCUUGUCUUCUUCAUCGGUUGAAAAAAGACAUUCACCAGCAUCACCUAAUCCAAGGCAAGCUAAUUCAGAAGCUGAACCGGGGAGAAUAACUCCUACUUUAAAAGACAGACAUAACAGCCCCUCGCAUCAAUCAUUAACUCCAAGUCCCCCCUCUGAGCCUUGGACCUGUCUCAGCUCAUCUUCCUCUGAGUCAGUGAACACCGAAUCUUCACCUGAGUGCCAGGUAGCACAAGACUCGCCUGUGCCAAGGAGCAGCUACUUUAACCAACACAAUAGUCCCUCACCUGAGCCCACACCCAAAGAUUUUUCUCUAGAUUUUACAGAAUCAGCUUUUGAAUCUGGAGCCAUUCUUUCAUCUCCUUUACGUUCAUCUAGUAGAACAGAGUUAUCAUCCCAGUCAAGAGAAACAUUGGUCUCCCCUGAGCUGAACAAUAGGCCUUACUCACCCGAUACUCAAGCAUCAUCUCCUCUUCCGGAGCUAAGAGGGAGGGUCUCCCUGCCUGAUCUUUUGAGCCGAGGCUCCACACCUGAUAUAGGAGAGCCUCCCUGCUCCCCUGAGCUGAUUUCAGAUCCUUCCACUGCAGAAAGAGGCACCACACCUACUACUGAGAACCAAAACACAGGGUUAUCAGUUGAACCAGGCAGUACUGUUUCUACACCUGCCCCACGAUACACACCUCCCUCUCCUGUCGUUUCAAUAUCAACAUCUCCUGCGCUUGUGGAGAGUAGUGUCUCACCUGAAUUAAGACACACAGCUCCCUCACCUUGCCUGCUCAGUGCUGCCUCUCCGGCUAAGACAGGGACAAAAACUCCCUCCCCUGGCCCCUCACCUAAAAUAAGACACAUUUCUACACCUUCUGAAAUCAGGAGCCAGGUGUCUUCGCCUGUGGUAAGUUAUAGUUUAUCUCCAUCACCUGAAGUUAGGAGCAACUGCUCUCCCAUAGAGCAAAGACAUACUGUUCCCUCACCUGAAAUCAGGAUUACAGCAUCCUCACCUGAGCUUGACUUUGACUCUGCCUCAUCAAGAAGCCCCACUUCAUCCCCUCAUAUCACAGGGAUUUCUUAUACUGUUUUUCAACCUGAGGACAGGGACACUUCCCCAUUUCCUGAGCUCUCUCGUCUCUCCAGCCCAGACCCUGAUAGGACACUUGUGUCCCCUGAAGCAAGGAGCCCUACCCAAAGCACAAACAGUAUACAGAGCAGUAUAGCAGAGUCCAUUGGUACACCACAAGACUUGACUCAUAUAUCAGGCUUAACAAGCCCUGUUCUGCAGCCUGAAAUAACUUUGCCGCAUCGACCAGGCUACCAAACACCUUCACCUCAGCCAAGGCAUCACACUCCCUCACCUGAGCCAAGAUAUCAAACCCCUUCUUCUGAAAAGAAUCAAAGUCCCUCAUCUCGGCACAUCAGAAGUGGAGAUCCAUCACCUGUUUCCCCAUCUCCUGUGCAGAAUUCACCAACAACCCUCUCCACAGAGUACCAACCUCAGUAUACACAGACUACCCCUCCUCUGAGAAAUACACCUGAAGUUGAGAGAGAUUCCUCUUCUGUUGAUUUUACAGAAAUACAGUGCCCCACACAUUUGUCAAAAGACAACGUGUCCCCCUCAUUUGAAUUAAACAGUGGAGACAAAUCAGUUCUUGCUCAAAUCAAAAGCAGGUCACCAGUGGUUGCAGUUUGUUCACCUGUGUUUACUUCACCUUUCUUAGCAGAGGAAAAGAUAGAGAGUUCACUUAAACAACAAAUCACAGAGAGAGAAGCAACACCAAAGGAAGUAAACAUUCAGGAUAACUCAAGGUUAGACUCCUUCUCUGAGGAAAAACAAGACACUGGCCAUACUUUUUUUCAGAAAGAAGACACUUCAAAACAUCCCCCCAUGGAUAUCAAGUCUCCCUCCCCAAAUCUUCCAGUCUCUAUGGACAGGAAUCCAACCACAUCACCUGUCCACAGGGCUACAUCCAACUCACCUGUGCAGAACAUGGAAAAACCACAGCCUCAGUUCACUACUUAUUCCCUGACUUCUGAAAGCAGGAGCUCAUUAAAGUCAGCUUGUACACCUGAGCACUCAAGAAGACAUCUGCCAACCAAAGUUAGACCUGAAAACAGAGAGAGUUUCACCGAGAACAUGGCCCACCAUGUAAACAGAAGGCGGACUCCCUCUCCACCACUCACCAGGUUUACACCUGUCCACAUCAUAGCCCCUGAGAAACCAUACAGACAGUGGCAGAAAAGAGGCCGUAGCCCCUCUCAGGUUGUAGCAUCCUCACCAAGUGGUAAUUUAAAGACAGCAGUGACAAAUAGGGAAAGCCCCAAUGUUGCCCCUGUUGACAAUAAUAGCCAGGCCCCCUGGCUCAGACUAGGAGGGCAAUUAGAGAUGGGGAGGGAAAUGCAGCUGGAGGACGAGAGAGAGGUAGGUAGGGAGAGGCAAAGGGAUAAGGAGACAGAGAGAGAGAGAAAGAGGGAGGAGCGGGUUCCUGAAAAGGGGGAGGGAUGGCAUGGGGACGGCAGUUACAGAGGGGAACAGGUUGAGCUGUCAUUCAAUGCCAGGAAUAGAAAAGGGCCUGCGAGUCGCAGUACAGCUCCCACAAGCAGAGAGAUCCGUCAGGGACUGCCAACAGUGCAUUCCUAUUCAGAGAGCUUGCUUCCCACCAGACAGCUACAGCAACAACAGAGUCUUCUGAGACUUGCUUCCCAACAAGACACCAGGGCUGGUGGUCCUAGCAGACGGCUUCAGCCUCCUGCACAACAGAACAAGAACAGUGCUCUUGGACGCUUGGUUGCAAGCAGACCCUGCCGGAGUUCCAGCUCCAGCAUGGGAAGUGAGCUUGAUGAGGCAGAUAAUGAGGUGAAGUGGUUUACAGACUUGGCUUUCCGCAGCCUGUCAAGCCCAGAGUUAGAUUAUCUUGACAUGUACAACUCCAGCCACCGUUCAUCUACCAAUAUUUCUCAACCAUCUACCCAGGAGAGCCCUGCCGGGGUCAAUCCCGCCUGGCUGGCCUAUGCUGACUUCAGGGGCUCUGCUCCAAAGCUGGACAAUGAUGAACUCUCCUUCCAGCAAUCAUCUGCAUACUACUCAGAUGGCCUAAAUCCAUCAAGGCGCUAUGAGAUGGGCAGCUUUGAGUGCGUAGAUGUUGCCGUGGAAAGAGAGGACUCCAGGAAGGUGAGAAGAGGAGUGCCAAAGAGAGAGAUCCAGCUGAAGAGAAAGAAUAAUGCUGAAGGGAAGCAGGAUGAGAGUAGUGAGAAUAGCACUCCUGGGAUACCAGUGAUGGUGGAAAGCCCCUCUCUAGAGAGUCACUCCAGAGAGACAUUUUUGAGACAACACAGUACACCAGCAGCAAUGCAAGGUUGCUACCCUUCUGAGCUCAGUCCUGAGCCCAAUCAAAAAAAUGAAGGAAAAUCCAAACUCCAGAAAUCUGCCUCCCUGGAUGAAUCAUGCUCUAAAACCAAGAUGGCCACUUGUCUUAUCAAGAGUGUAUUGUCCAAGAAGAUGCAAAGUGUUGAUAAACAACCAGAUGAGCAGGCAGAAGAAAAGGUGAGCCUUGCUUGUGAGGAAAACAGCCCAGCAUCAGAGAGUGCAGUGGUACCAUUUAAAGUUUCCCCAAAACCUCAUGCACGUAAUCUGAGUUCCAGUAUUCAAUCAGAUUAUGGUCUUUCAUCUGAGGGUAUUCCUGUUAGAGGGGAACCAAGCACAAAGGAUGAAGCCCAACAACCAAAAAGCUUUGGAGUGAGAUCCAGUAACAGGCCAAGUUCAUCUAGCAGCAGCAGAAGUGUAAAUUUUUCACAGACUGACAGUGAAGAGGCUGAUUCUCAGAGUAGGAAUGCAACCUCAUUAAGAUCUGAAAGGAGAUCAGAAUUGAAUGUGUCAUUUGAUAGUAAACAGUCCAGAACUGGAGUACAACGACCAGAUGAUGUUAAAACCUGGGACGAAAGGGAGGGUGGUGACUCAGCAAAUGCCACAACAGGGAACACAGGAGCUUCUUCUGACACUGGAUCCAGCAGCACACGGGCCAGGAUGACAAACAGAGACCAGGAAUGUGAAAACACAGAGGACCAUAAACAACUGCAACAGGGUGACAAGGGUGCCUACAUGUCAAAAACACAGGAGAUUACACUCAAAGCAGUGGAGACAAAGAAGUCCUCUCUAAGUGUCUGUCUCACACCUGAGGCAGAAAACAAGCCUGAGGCUUGUUCACCGGAUAUGUCAUUCAGAGAAAAGGAGGAAAGGGUAGCGACCAGUGUGGAUGAGAAAACAGAGGAAGACGAACGAAAAGGCAAUAAUAAAAUCAAGGCCCCCAUUCACAAAGUUAGAGAUGUGAGGCGGCUUGUAAAAAAUACAUAUAAUCUCUCUUUCAAGCCAACUAGUGCUGUAAUGCCAUUGGAGGUGAAUGAAGAAAGGAUGGAAAUUUUUCAUGAGGAAAGGAGCGAAGAAAUAAAAGUUAAAAGGGGGAAAGGGGACAUAGCAGGGGAGGAGCAGGAAUUAAGGCAAGAAAGGAGGAGGGAGGGAAUGGAAGAGGAAUACAGGGUGGAGAGGAAAGAGGAACAGAAAGAGGAGAUGAAAGAUUCACAGCUGCUGACCUUAUCUCUGCCUCUUCAAAGCAAAGGAAAUCCUCUGUCUCAUCAACAGCCAAUGCAAAUAGAAUACAAGGCUGUUUGCUGGAAGGAAGACAGAAAUAAAAUGUCAUGCAGCAAAAAAGACUCAGAAAACCCAGGUGACAAAACCCAGGCUUCUCCCGAGCUUGUCACAGAGGAAAGCAGAAAAUCACACACAUCCUCAAAUGCAAACACACAGAAUUACCCAACAGGAGUAACAGCAAUACCCAAGCCAUGUCAACAUGGUCUAAACAUGGAAGCAGAAACACAUGAUACUGUGACAGAAAUGCAAAACAUUUCAGACAAAGAGGGCAAACCUGUAGUGAUUAGAACAGACAGAAAACCUCCCAUGCUCGGAAGUCUCCCCAAACUGCCCAGUAAGGAAAGAGAGGUAUCCACUGCUGUAGUAUUGAUAAGGGAUGGAUCCAGCAAGACAUCUGCAUCUCCAGCCCAGGAAGAGAUCCCCAUCCCACUCCAACUCUCAACUGCUUCACUUUCACCUGGGUCCACUAGCCCUGGCAGUACCCCUGGCAGCAGUGGCAACUCAGUUUCCAUGUUAUUGAAGGAGAAAGGCUACCAAGCGGACAUUGGAGCAGUGAUGAGCAACGGUAAUGCAGCAGGAGGCAAAGGGCCUCCCCGUAAGCAUGUGAACUGCCUGGAGAUACCCCUUCAGACCAUAUCUUCUGAUGGUGGGCGAAUUGAGUCUCAUAGAGAGAGGACAUUCUCUUCAUCAUCCACGACGUCUGGCCCCUCAGCAGUGUCUGAAAACACAGACACCCUUGCAAAGACCACAGUAGACGACGGAGUUAGAAUUAAGCCUACAAUAAAAGACGCAGCAAAAAAAAAAAGUGCUCCUCCGCUAAGGAAUACGCAGGAGCAAACACCUCCUCUCACCAAACAGAAGGAUCAAGGAGAUUUUGAAGCUGUGAAAAGAUUAGAUCCAACUUUCCCCCCGAGGUCCCCUGCAAUAAGAAGAUUCAGACCACAGCCAAUUGAGGUUAAGUCACUAUCUAAAGACACGCAGAAACACGAGAUGCCAGCAAACUCCACAGGAAACAACAGGCCUCAAACCAUUGAAGUUAAAUCUAUAGCUAAAAAUUCUCAAAAGCCAGCUGUGCCUCCAAAACCAAGCUGCAAAUUUAAACCUGCAGAUUUAGAAGCAAUGCCUAAUGAAGCACAGAGACCGUCAGCAACAACGUCACCUUUAAAACCGCAAGGUGAGGAGAGGGCUCAAACAAUUGUGGUCUCCUCGCCAACCAUCUAUAGAAAGAUCUCCAAUGAGUCCACAUCGACAUCAAACUAUACAAAAAAAAUAGCUGUGUCUGCAGUUUCCAGCUUCAAACCUCCACCUAGCAAAACAACAGCAGCCACCCUCUCUAAUCUCUCAAACCAGUCAACAGCACCAUCAGAGACUGUGGCAUCUAAUGAGAGAGGACAGCAGCAACAACCAGCUGCCUCUCCUCAAAGCUCCAGAUACACACAAAGACCUAUAACCUUAGCUCCAACAUCAGCCACCUGCACAGGUUUAACCUCAGCUCCAGGUCCAGUUUCUGACCCCUUAGCAAACCAAGUCACUGGACUUGCCUCAGCUGGAGCCAACCAGCCAAGCCAGCCAACUGUUAUGGAUCCAGACAGCCAACCACAGUGUCACAGGGUGGCAUGCCCUCAUGAAGAAGCUAUGUCACCAACUUCAAACAAUACAAAACAGCCCGUUACUGUUCCCACAACACAAGUGCCAGGAUACACAAACCAGCCAUGCCGCAGAUCACUGUCAAGGGAGCGCCAACAAAGGAUAGAUGACCUGCAUUUUUAUGCCUCAGAUGACCCUCCAAGUUACGAUGAAAGAGAGAGCUUCAGUCCGCUGAUGGUCCUAGAUCUGACCCCCAGGAGGGCAAAUUGUUAUCAACCCUCCUCCCGCCCUCCUCCCUGCUCCUGCACAGCUGGCUGCCCUUCCCACCCUGGUCUCACAACUCCCCACCAUCACCGCAGCCCUUAUAACCUCACCCCCCCUGCCCCUCCACAAUCUCCAGGCCAGACACUACCUUACCCAGUGGCUCAGCCCCCUCUUCGUCCCCACCAGUGCAGAUCUGACCCUCAGCCAAUGAGCUACCAACCCGGCUCUCCCAAAUCAAGUCCUCUUGGUCCAAGCCAGCCACCAGCCCUGUACCAGCCUCUCCACCAGCCUCCUCCUUGCCCUUCCCACCACUCACUUAUGCAGGCCUGCACUGCUGACCGGCCAUUGCAGCCACCUCAGCAUAUUGACCCUCGACGACCCCCUGUCCACAGAUCCCCACAGCAGCAGCCACCAAGCUUGGCUGGGGCUCCUUACAGCGAUCCUGGCCACGGCCACUCUCCUGGCCUUCCUCCUAUGGAUCCCCAGUACUUGUGUGGCCCUCAAAGCCUGGGGCCUUCCUAUGGGUCUGAGUAUGGGGGUGACAGCUCCAGUUUGUACUCAGAGAAUAGCUUUGGACAGACACCUCGCAGAGUGCUCCUAGAUCCUGAGACUGGGAAGUAUUUUUAUAUUGAGGUGCCUGUACAGCCACUGAGGAAAAUGUUGUUUGACCCAGAGACUGGCCAAUAUGUGGAAGUGCUCAUCCCACAGCAAGCAAUGUCACAUUCUGGCCUGUAUCCUCCUUCAGCAGCCCCUUACCCAUCUCUCCACAACACCAACAUGUAUGCCCCUGCUCCGCAGUACUUGCCCUAUGCAGCUCCUCCUCCCCCAGCUCACCCCCAGGCUCAGCCCCAGCCGCCCCGCUAUCCUGAGGCCUCUGCUGCAGUAACAAUGCAUCCAAGCGGGCCUGGGGUCAGCUACAGGAAUCAGUCUGGUCAGGGAUCCAAGCCAGAGCCCCAGAAUCUUCCACCAUUGGACCAGGGCUACCUGGAGAGUAUGUAUUAUGUCCCUACAGGGAUGAAUGCGAGCCCCAAUCCCACCCCACCAGACUAUUACCACAAACAUCCCCCCAACCUACCCCCAACAGGGGGGAAAAGGUCCUGAAAUAGAGGAUAGAGGCCGCCUUCCUGGAGCCUGUUGGGUUUUAAAUACACAGUGUAUAAAGGGGGUGUCUAAUGUUAGCCUUUACGGUUAUUUGAGUUUUCACAUUGCAACUGAAGACAGCAAUUCUUUGGUUGUUGUUUAUUUGCUGCUGCUUGUUCUGUGCUAGGCUGCUUAAAUAGAAGGAUUAAUGAAUGCCUAAUUUCAAAAUGAUUAAUUGAAAGUUUUGUCAUUUUUGAUACAGAGUAAGAACAUCAUACUGUAACUUCAACAGUAAUGCACAGUAAUGCAAAUCCAUAGGUUUACCAAUUUACUGUGUAAUUUAAUAACAAAUAUCUCCAAAAAACUUGAAAAUACUGUUUUAAAAGAACCUCAUAUUUAUUUUAUUAUCGUUUUUCUCUAAUAUUGGAUGAGUGAGUUUGUGCACAUGAUGUCUGCAA